AUGAAGAAUGAGACACAGGAGAGAGCACCCACAGGAGAGGGCACCCACAGGAGAGAGCACCCACAGGAGAGGGCACCCACAGGAGAGAGCACUCACAGGAGAGAGCAACCACAGGAGAGAGCACCUACAGGAGAGAGCACCCACAGGAGAGAGCACCCACAGGAGAGAGCACCCACAGGAGAGCACCCACAGGAGAGAGCACCCACAGGAGAGAGCAACCACAGGAGAGAGCUCCCACAGGAGAGAGCACCCACAGGAGAGAGCAACCACAGGAGAGAGCUCCCACAGGAGAGCACCCACAGGAGAGCACCUAUGGAGAGAGAACCUACAGGAGAGCACCUAAAGGAGAGAGCACCUUCAGGAGAGAGCACCCAUGGAGAGAGCACCUACAGGAGAGAGCACCCACAGGAGAGAGCACCUACAGGAGAGAGCACCCACAGGAGAGAGCACCCACAGGUGAGAGCACCCACAGGAGAGAGCACCCACAGGAGCGCACCUACAGGAGAGAGCCCCCAUAGGAGAGAGCACCCACAGGUGAGAGCACCCACAGGAGAGAGCACCUACAGAAGAGCACCUAUGGAGAGAGCACCUCCGGCACGGUGGCUGAGUGGAUAG